ACAACAACAACAACAGACCAGCGAUGGGGAACCAGCUGGCCGGCAUCGCCCCGUCUCAGAUCCUCUCCGUGGACAGCUACUUCUCCGACAUCCACGACCAUGAGUACGACAAGAGUCUGGGCAGCACUCGCUUCUUCAAGGUGGCCCGAGCCAAACACCGCGAGGGUCUGGUGGUGGUCAAAGUCUUCGCCAUCCAGGACCCUUCGCUGCCGCUGACCAGCUACAAGCAGGAGCUGGAGGAGCUGAAGAUCCGGCUGCACUCCUGUCAGAACUGCCUCCCCUUCCAGAAGACCUCGCUGACAGAGAAAGCCGCCAUCUUGUUCCGUCAGUACGUGCGGGACAACCUGUACGACCGCAUCAGCACCAGACCCUUCCUCAACAACGUGGAGAAGCGCUGGCUGGCCUUCCAGAUCCUCAACGCCGUGGAUCAGGCGCACAAGGCCGGCGUCCGUCACGGAGACAUCAAGACGGAGAACGUGAUGGUGACCAGCUGGAACUGGGUGCUGCUCACAGACUUCGCCAGCUUUAAGCCCACCUACCUGCCCGAGGACAACCCCGCAGACUUCAACUACUUCUUCGACACGUCCAGGCGGAGGACGUGCUACAUCGCGCCCGAGAGGUUCGUGGACGGGAGCAUGUUCGCUACGGAGAGCGACCAGAACACGCCGCUGGUGGACCUGACCAACAACAACCAGAGAGGCCGAGGGGAGCUGAGACAGGCCAUGGACAUCUUCUCUGCAG